AUGGAAAUAGACACGCUGACAGAUGCAGGACCUGUUGCUUCCGGAUCGGGUUCGAUUUGUGUUCGGCUGCAUCCUUUGGUGGUGUUGAAUAUUUCGGAACACUGGACCCGUAAUAAAGUAAAAGAAAACUCCCCUGCUGUAGUAGUCUAUGGGGCUUUGUUAGGUAAACAAGAGGGCCAUUAUGUCGAGAUUACAAAUUCGUUUGAGUUAUUAUUAGAUGAAGAACCGCAUAUGGCUGUCAAUGCCGAUUUCUAUGGUACCCGGGAAUCACAGUGCAAACAAGUCUAUCCGGACCUGGACAUCGUUGGGUGGUACACUACCGGUGGUCCGAUCACUGAACAUGAUGAGCUCUUCAAUCGGCAGGUAGAUACCGCAUUUUCUAAUCUCGACUCAUUCAUUCAGAUGCAAGAACUCAACGAAUCUCUGAUAAUCUUGAAGCUAGACCCGUUGCAUUCUUGUGGGGAACAACUCCCAGUGCGUAUAUAUGAGUCCGUGGUGGACAAUGAUGGCAGAAUACACUUCCGCCAAGUUUUGUACACACUGGCAACAGAUGAAGCCGAACGUAUUGGGGUUGACUAUGUUGCUCGUAUCUCAAUGACCAGCACUGGACAAACAUCUUCUAUGACUGCGGAACACCUCCUGGGUAACUACCAGGCCACCCAAAUGCUGUACAAUCGUCUGUCUCUAAUCCGGGCCUACGUUUCGGCUGUCGCAGCCGGUGAAUUACCCGUAAACCGCGCUCGCUUACGAGAAAUUAACGCAUUAACCAAACGUCUCUCCUUACUGUCCUCUGUUACUGGCGUGGGAGACCGGCCUUCCGAAAUAAAAGAACACCUUUACCGCCAAGCAAAUGAUGUGUGCUUGGCAAGCCUGCUGGCCAGUCUCACGCAAGGGUUACAUACUUUUUAUACUUGUAUGUCAAAGACCGCUCAUGUUGUUUCUCGUCGAUCGGUGCCGCUGGAGAGCUCUAUGAUGCUCGGAAACCCCUCGUGUGGUUUUGUCAAAAUGUCUCACUUUUUGGGGAACAUGAGCUGAUAUUGCUCGUAUAUAUUUGUCCACUUCUUAUCAUAUCUUGAAUGCCAGGUGGUGCGGAACUCCACUUCGUUAACUGGCAUCCAGGCCGUCGUGGGCCCCUCACGUACGAUGGCUAUUUCCAUUGUACCUUUCCAUGCAGUCACUGGCCACAACUCUGUUCAUUUCUACUGCAACAUACAUUCUGAGUAUAACAACUGCA